ACAAAUGUUGAAAAUGAUUAAUUCUUUUUCCUCCUCCUCUCCUCUUGUUUGCUUCAUACCGUUCCUCAUGUGACUGCAGGAGGCCGAAGUACGUCACAGAGGAAAUUUGCUUCCUCUUUUGUAGAGUACACAAAAACCGCAAAGGCACGUCAUCCUGCAGAGCCCAAGACAUCAACAAGCUAAGUCUUGACUGACAUUUAAAAAAUUCAGAAUAACACGAUGGCGGACAGGGACAAGUCUGAGACUUCAAAGUUGUUACAGUCUGAUCCACCACCAUACCAGGAGCACUUUCAGCAUCCUAAUGCUGGAUACCCUCCGGCAGGCAGCUACCCUAGCACUUCUGGUUUUCAGGGUCAGCAAUAUGGAGCUCCAGCGGGCCCAUACAACCAAGGGGCAUAUCCAGGAAAUUCCGCAGUCACUGUCCAACCGGUGGUUUACUUGACCACCGUCCCACUGACCAAUCCACCGCCGGAUUACUUGGUUUACUCUGUCUUUACCUUGCUGUGCUGCUGUUUACCUCUGGGCCUUGCUGCACUUGUUUACUCCAUCUACACUCGGGAAGCCGUCAUAUCCGGAAACAGACAACUAGCAGAAAGCAUGUCCAGAACGGCUCGCAUGCUCAACAGUAUCGCUCUUGGUAUCGGCCUCACCUGCCUGAUCGUUUAUAUCAUCUGUGUCUUUGUUUUCACUGUCAACGCUCAUUAAUACAUUUCCUUAAUAGUCUAAUUUUGAGAUCAAGAUUGGACUGCAAUAAGAUUAUCAUUGUGCACAAAGGCUUUUAUAUGUGAUUUUGUGAAUUGGUUUUUUUGCCUUUUAAUCUGUUAGAAUCAUAAUUAUGACACUUUCCAAGCUUUACAUUCAAAAAAGCAAGCAAAGAGGAUUGGCUCUUUUUUGCAUGUUUAUUUAAUUUUCUGGGGGCAUUCUCCACCCCAUCUGACUGGCAUUAUUAUUCACUUUAAAUGUAAAACUGCCAUUAUUGUUCACUUUUAACACCAAUAAUUGUGCUUCAAAUCACUGAAAGUUUCAAGGUAUUGUUUUAGUUCAUGCCAUUUGAUUUAUGUUUUAAAUAAACUUGCAAACUUUGAAAAAGAAGUGUUUUAGUUUCUCCAUGGACUUGUAUGUUUUAAUAAAUCUGCUUUCACUCCAGUGAUGGUUAGGUU